GGAUGAUUUGGGCUAUUUGGGCUAGUUGUGGAUGUAUAGAAUUUAGUUUAGUACAAAAUCGGCGCAGGAACGAGCGCGUCAUAGUUGCAAACGCCGCAUUCCCUAAGAGCACACACACUCACUCACACUCGCACACACACACACACACACACACACACACACACACACACACACGCCCGCAGACAAAUCACCGCAACGCACCGCACAACGCAUUUCACACAUUCUCAAGCCACGUUUCGGCCCUUGGGAGAGGGAAGAGGGGGGCGGCGAUUGGAUCGGAGGGAGCAUGUUACUCCAGUUGGCAGAUAGCGAGGCGCAAGCGCAGUUCCACCUGCUGAGUGUGCCGCCUUUGGGCGUGGCCGCCUUGGCUGGUCGCAAGGCAAGCGUCAACAGGAGCAGCAGCAGUUUGGUUGCGACCGAUGUCGACAUCGAUGUCGACGUCGAGGAUGAGCCAGCGGCCGGGGAUCAGCUGGAGAAUCAGCUGUUCGAGGGCUAUUCGGAUGAGCUGCUGACAUUCGCAUGGAUCGCAUGCAUUGUGUUCAUCAUUGUCGGUGUCCCCGGCAAUCUGCUGACGAUCAUUGCGCUCUCGCGCGGCAAACAGACGCGCAACUCCACCGCGAUCUUUAUCAUAAAUCUGUCGUGCUCGGAUCUACUGUUCGGCUGCUUCAAUUUGCCGCUGGCAACGUCCACGUUCAAGGAGCGCGCCUGGACACACAGCGAUCUGAUGUGUCGUCUAUUUCCCCUGCUACGCUAUGGUCUAAUGGCGGUCUCGUUGCUCUCCGUUUCACUGAUCACGAUCAAUCGCUAUAUUAUCAUUGCCCAUCCACGACAGUAUCCGCGCAUCUAUCAGCGACGCUAUCUAGCCUUGAUGGUUGCCAGCACUUGGCUGAUCACCUUCUCGAUCAUGAUUCCCACGUGGCGCGGCAUCUGGGGACGCUUUGGCCUGGAUACGAGCAUCGGUUCGUGCUCGAUAUUGCACGACAAGAACGAUCGAUCGCCCAAGGAGUUCCUCUUCAUGAUCGCCUUCCUGCUGCCUUGCAUCUGUAUUGUCAUCUGCUAUGCCCGCAUCUUCCUCCUGGUUCGCCAGGCCGCCAUUCGAGCGGGCGCCAAUGCCGCCAAGAACUCCGAAUUUGCCCAAACGCCGCCUAUUACUGCUCAAAAGCCGCCCGACAACGUCAAGGAUAAAGAUAAAGAGAAGGAUAAGGCUAAGAGCAAGUCCAAAGGCAAGGAUAAGAGUAAAUCCAAGGACAAGAAUAAAGACAAGGAGAAGAGCAACAAGGAAGCAAAUUCAAGCAGCGAGGACACGUCCCUGCGUCCCUUUGUCGUCAACGAAAGUCUAGCCUACAUCGAUGACAACGUCUCCACCGACAAUUUCCCCAUCUCCUACAGCAUUCAGAAGGAGCCGCCUAUUGAUGCCAAUGUGGUGCUGCAGCAGCAGGAUGACCGUAGCAAAGACACUUCCAACGUCACAUCAGCAGCUCCAAGUGCUGCCACAGUGACGGACACUCCCCUGAACGACACCAACGCCAUAAGUCGAUCACAGACGCUCGUCGAGCAAUCGAGAAACUCAAAGAACCCGAUAACGACCUCGCUGCGCACCUCGUUCACACGCUUCAAUCCCCGCAAAUCGCAUUAUGUGUCCAUGGGGAACACAUCGAAUGCCUCAUCGAUCUAUCCGGGUCGCAUGAGUGCCAAGGAUCGUCGAUUACUGAAGAUGAUACUAGUGAUAUUCGUCUGGUUUGUCAUCUGCUAUCUGCCAAUCACAGUGUCUAAGAUUUGGAAGAGUGCAAACAAUGUGCAUGUUUUCAACAUCAUGGGCUAUUUACUGAUCUAUCUGACCACCUGCAUCAAUCCAUUCAUCUAUGUACUCAUGAGCUCCGAAUAUCGUCGCGCCUAUUGGAAUCUCCUGCGAUGCCAUCAGACAGAGCAAAAACAGCAGCAUCAGCGAGCCAUGAAAAAGCAUCUCGAGUCGAAUCGGGCGGCCAAAACAUGAUCUACAUUAUACACGAUCCCCUCGCCCUGGCACCGAGUUCCGUCCCCAAACAUCGAGAGCAUCCGAAGAGAACCAGAAGAGAACGGCAUAAUUCUUCCAGCAAAAGCCAUUAUCCAUCUAUGUUUAUAUAUCUCGUAUCCAUUUCCAUAUUCACUUUUCCGAAUCUUGUACUAUAAUGGAACACAAAUACUACAUAUCGAUAUUACUAUAUAGGGUUUGUAACGAUUACACUGUAAAUUUAAUUGUGUCGCUCAGAAAAUUAUAAGUGCAUUUACUGCUCAACCGAUUUGCGUUUUUU